AUGACAGACUCUAAUCCUCUUGAAGACAACUACUUUCGUCUGCAUCGCCUCAUCUACAACACGGCGCCGGGCAUCUUUCGCCAUGAAUUUGAUCGACUAUGGUCCCAAUUUAGUGGAAAAUCGUGGGAAAAUGGGGCUCAUUCUGGUUCCCGAUUUAUUUCUGGGCCUGGCCUUGCACAGUAUCAAACUAGCCUAAAAAUUCAACAGCAACAAUUAAAAUCUGGAAAUUGUCUGGCUUUUCUCUCGGCUUGGCGACACCGCAACGAGAUUUCGACGAGCUCAAAGGAAUCCGAAAUCGUCUCGCGCACAACGGGAGCACGGAGCUGGAGUCCAAGAAAUUUAGCCAAGACUGGAAUAAAGGGAUACAAUAUAUUGAAAAAGUUCGGAUUUAAAGAAGAGGAACUUGACCCUGACCGGGGGAAUAAAGAGGAUGAGAAAGAUGACGAAAAACAGCAGGACGACCGAGUCGAGAAGCUGAAAGAAGAAGGAAAUGAAAUGUUCAAGAAAGGCGAGUACUGGAGAGCAAUAAAAAAAUAUACGGAGGCCAUCAGGGAGGAGAAAGUGGGAUCCAUCUUGCUCGCAACGCUGUAUUCUAACAGAUCUGCAUCCUUCCUCGCUGUAGAAUUCCUUUCAGAAGCCAAAAACGACGCCAAAACUUCUAUCAAUCUCCGCCCUCAAUGGGGCAAAGCUUACUAUCGCCUCGGAAAAGUUUACGAAAAGCAAUCAAAAUACUCCAAAGCUUUGCAAAAUUACAAAAUGGGGUUCAAGUUUGAUCCCCAAAACUUCACAAUUGCCAACCAGCUGCACCACGCCUCAUUCAUGGCUGAAAAGCAGAAACGUCAAGAACACCUCGACCCUUCCCUCUUGCCCCCUACGGAAAAGGAGAUGAUGAAACGCGCCUCCAAAAUUGCCGGACCUGCCGCCCUCCUGCUCGAAAAUCUAUUGAAACAAAACCCAAAUCUUGGGUUGGAUGACCCUUGUUUGGAAGCGGACAAAUACUUUAAUGGGUGGGGCGGAUGUAAAAAGGACCCAGCACAUGCGGCUCUCUUGUUUUCCAAAGAGGUCGAGAAAGGUAACGCUAACGCCAUGUAUCGCCUUGGGGUCAUGAUGUUGGAGGGAAACGGGGUUCAGGCGGAUGUCGUGCAGUCGUUCCAGUUAAGAAAGAGGGCGGCAGAGAUGGACCCACUGCUGGAAACGUAUCCAGGAAGUGAGGAGAAAUUAGUGAGAGAAGGGGUUCGAGAAGCGCAGCAUUCUCUCGGGCUCAACUAUGCGGAGGGAUGCUGUGUCAAGCAGGAUUUUCAGCAGGCCGAGUACUGGUACAUGAAAGCCCUCCGUAACGGGUACGGCUAUUCAGCCAUUAAUAUCGCAGUCUUAUUCCUUGAGGGGCAAGGUCGCCCAGUUGACAUUGAGAGAGCCGUCGAGUUCUGGAAGAUCGCCGCACUUUUUGGGGCUCACCGUGCCAUGCAAUCUUUGGCUUAUCACUAUUACUCAAGAAGGCAAAAAUCCAUCGCGAUUCAGUGGUACGCAUUCGCCAUCCACCACAACUCGAUGGAUCACCACCUGCGCGGACUAUUUUCUGAGGCAAGUAUCCCCCCAGACUUUGACGCCGACGUUUUCGAAGACGCUUUGGAUGACGAGCUUCUGAAUAAUGUUCGUACUAAAGAAUUCGUCUCCAUAAAAGACUACGAAUGUGAUUGGGAAGGUAUCGAGAGGAGAAGGAAGGACCGCAAGAAGAGGCUCGUGAAGGAAACAGACCUUGAUUUUCCGGCUUAUCGAAAAAAGCUGAUAACAGAUCAUAGAACAAUGUGGAAUAAACAUAAAGGAAUUAAGCUCGAGGAUAGGGAGGCCAAGGCGCUCUCAAAGAAGGGGAAUUUGUCAUCCGCCAUGACGCCCAAUCUGAUUGGACUGAAACCAAUCACAUUUAAGGACAUGGAUAAAUUGGUCGAGGACAAGAUUUAUGACGGAUUCGCGCUAAAGGUCACUGUCAUUGAGGAGGUGGUUGUGAUGAAAGCGGUCAUUGCACUGGUGGAUGAUGGAGAGGGUGGCCUGGGCAUCGCUUCAAUCUACAAUUAUCCACAUAAACCGGAAACGCUGGAAGAGAUUGGGUACGGCUGUACUUUCACGAUAGUGAACCCAUACUACAGGAAAGCGAAUGAUGGCCGAUGGAGCGUUCGAGUGGACGAUCCGAACCUACUCAUGAAACAUCCCUUGCUCAAGGCGACCCAUCGGUGCAGAUAUUGCGGCAAGACAGACUACCCUGGCAAGGAAAGGGUCACUUGCCGUCGUUGCAAGAGGGUGUCCUACUGCUCAAGACUUUGUCGACAUAAAGACGCCACAGAGCUUCAGCAUAAUCUCGUGUGCUUCAAAAAUAGGAUGUGAUCACGUCUCGAAAACAUAUUUGUUUUUAAAAUACAAGUGCCAUAUUAGAUCAA